GCUCUCCGCCUGAGGGCAAUUUUUGUUUCUGUGGGGUCGCGUGGUUGAACGGCGGCUGCUUUUGCCGGUUUUCAAUUCAGCGUGGUUUCGUUGUAAUUUCUGACUUUGCGGAGGAACAUUAAGAAUGUUUGGACAUACGUGUAAAAUAGCUCGUGCCCUAUUGGUCGCUCGAGCCGUUGGGACCUCUGGCCAACAUUCCAAAAGGUUCUACCCAGCCAAGAAGAGACGGUUUUACAAGGAAGUCAGCAUAGUCCGGUCUGGUGAUCAAUUUGAGGUCUGCCUCGAUCAAAGAAAGAUCAAGACACCCCUUGGAAAACUGCUGCUCGUCCCGAACGAAGCCUUAGCCGUUGCAGUCGCUACAGAAUGGGACUGCCAGCAGAAAGAAAUCAACCCCAACGAAAUGCACUUGACUGGCCUUUGCAACACCGUUCUGGACAACCCUUCCAAAAAGACAAAGGAAGAUAUGGCAUCUGACAUAUUGGAGUUCCUGGAAUCGGACACGCUUUGCUAUCGAAUGGGUGAACCUGACGACCUCGUCAUCCUUCAAAAGGAGAAGUGGGAUCCCUUGUUGUGGUGGUACGAAGAAAGGUUCGGCGUGAGGCUGGAAGCAAAGAGUGACCUGACUGUGUCGAAGCUGCCCCAAGAAGUAUGCGACAUCGUGUUCAAGCAUCUGAUGUCAUAUUCAUUAUGGGGGCUUACAGGCAUUCAGUACGGCUCAGAAAGCCUCAAGUCUCUGGUCCUAUUCCAAGCGGCCUUGGCGCAUCAUUUGAGUGUGGAGCAAGCUGUCAUGCUGGGAAGGCUGGAGAGCGAAUUUCAGACGAGUCGCUGGGGCAGCGUCGAAUGGGCGCACGACCUCGACCGAGAGCAAGUUCUCAGCCGAGUGGCAGCAGCCGUCCUCUUUGUGCAGCUCACCUCGGAGUCUUCGAGUGUCAUCUUCAAGUCUAACGCGGCAAAUCAGGCCCGACAGUCGCCCGCAAGUGUGAAGAGGUGAACGGCCAACAACAUGAUAGGUUUUCCUCUCUGCCGACGUCUAGUGACUUCAUCGUAAUGUUUGAACUCGUCGAGUAGAUGUACACACCGUGUUUCCGUGCCCUAAAGUGUACAGUUUUCCACGAUUUGCUAGAGCGAACUGUGGCGCUGCGAUUGUUAAGCCGCCGUGGGAAUGUUGGGUAGUACGUGGAUUUGCCUAGUCUUCGUGCUUGCGGCUUUGAACGCACUUGUGGCUUUGUUUAUCGUUGUUUUGGCUUUUGUUUUGGAUAAAAGAACGGCUUGUUGUGAACCUCAUGAGCCAAUUUGAAUUGGCAAGCCUAAAAGGCUCAAGGUGGUGAAGUGGAACUGCUGAACUUUUACUGAAUUUCAUCUAGAGACAAAGAAACUGCAGGCCACACCGAGCCAAAAGAACGAAGAUUAUGCAUAUCUGUGUACUACGUAUUAUUCCAAUGCUGGCUGAAGCGCGAUGCGUUGCAGCUCUCAUAGACACUAGCGCCAGAUUUCCCUCUGGUAUGAUAUCGCAAAACUCUAUGCCCUAGAGAGCACAGCAUCAAAACUUCUAGUCACCGUCACAUGUGGGAGUCAUGUGACCUGAGCAGCAAUAUCACGUAUGUGACAGCAUUUGUAGAGUGGCACGCUGCUGUCGACUCUGGUUCCGGCAGUAGUGACGCCGGCACAAUAGCAAGAACCGCGAAGUGUUACGGUGUGGGUUCCUGCCCCCCCCCCCCUCCCCCCCGUCUUUUUGACACAGGCCAACCACUGACACUGGCAAGAAGUGAUACAGUUGAAACUUGAAUUAAACAAAGUGAUGACCGCGGUCGAAUUAUUUCGUUAAAUCAAGAAUUUUCCAAAAUUGAAAAAGCAAUUUUUCGAUCCUUCGAAAUUUAGAAUUGUAACAUAGCGAUACCUAAAAGCUACCGCGACACUGUUUUCGUCAGCAACCCACAUCUGCACAUCUGAAAUGUCUGCGAGGGCAGCCCAGACAUAGGAGACCAGGCUGUAGGCAGGGGGGGGGGGUGCCCCCCUCCCCUGAAAUUUUGGUCAAGUACGUGUUUUUACCAAAAAUAAAUAAUGAAAAUAGGUGUUUUUCUCAAAUAAA